UAAAGCUAGAAAUAAGUUAAAACAUACUGUAUGUUCUCUGCGGCCUGACUCGACUUGGCGAAAUAAAAACAAAAUCUGCAGACUAAAGUCACGUUCGUGCAACUACAUAGAAUCUCCCCCAGGGGCAAGUGCGGUAUGCAAAUUCAACCGAGAAGACUUCAUAAAAGCAGUGCAAAUAAUUAAAUAACAGAGCGAGAACAAACAGCAAAUGACAUGCUACUCAAGCUGGCGAAACUUGGAUUAACUAGCUGCGAAAUAAAUAAAUACGAAAGCCAAAAGUAAAUCCCAGAGCAAUCCAAGUUCCCUGCCAAGGUGCGACAUCCGACAGAUGCCCUCGCCCAAUAAGAUGUCCUGGCGAAGGGCACCAGGAGCAGGCGGCGAAGGAGAUGGAGCAGGAGCAGGAGCAAGACGAGGCACAGGGCUCCUCCUGGCGGGAAGGAAUCCGGGAACUGCCAGCAUACUGCUGGCAUUUCUGGCAGCUGUCAGCUUUCGUGGCAUGCGAGCGCCUCUGGCAUCCGCGGUACCGCCAAUGGGUGAAAAUGCCUCGCUAAUUACGCCGCCGACGUCGAGGACAACCACAUUGACGGUGGCCACAGGCCCAGCCGGCUCUCAUGUCCUGAUGCUGGACCAGGCCCAGCGGCAACAGCAGCAGGAGGACGAGGAGACCACGGUGGGGGACACUUGGAGCGACAGGCCGGACACUGCGACGCUGACAAAGGGCUUCUCGAUUCCCACGUAUUUGCCACCGUUUCCGGACUUUAUACCCGCCGAUCUGCCGCACCUGUUGAGGAAUGCCAGUGCGCGGGAGACCAGCCCCCCGGUGGAUGUCUCCCGAUCCGGAAGUCCGGCGAUGCCAUCGCCAUCUAGCGAGCAGUCCCGUCUGCACGCCUACGACAGCGAGCAAAAGGCGCAGCAAUUACGGCGCGAGAAGGAGCUGGCCAAGGAGCGGGAGCUCCUCCCACGCCGUCUGCUUAGCCUGCCCCCGCUGAACGCCACCGUCCAAGCUGGCCAGCACGCCUAUCUGCCCUGCAAGCUCAACCAGCACUCGGGUAAACCGCUCUCCUGGGUGCGUUUACGAGAUGAACAUAUCAUUGCGGUGGAUCACACAACCUUCAUCAACGAUGCCCGCUUCGCCUCGCUGCUCCAGUCAUCCGCAGCGACAACAAUUGCAUCAGGAGCCAGGGCAGGGGAAGGAGCAGGGACAGGGGCAGGGGCAGGAGCAGGCUCUGGGGCAGGGGCAGGGGCUGCACUCCCAGCCCCCGUAACUAUCUCGGAUGCUUCGGGAAAUGCCUCCACCCACGAUGGCCUGGAGAGGGGCAAUGGGAGCAGCCUCAGCUGGACACUGCAAAUCAAAUACGUGAAGCUGGAGGACGCAGGCUGGUACGAGUGCCAACUGGCAACGGAGCCCAAAAUGAGCGCCAAGGUGCAGCUGUUUGUGAUAACACCCCGAACCGAGCUAAUCGGCGAUCGGCAGCGCUUUGUGAAGGCCGGAAGCAAGGUGGAGCUGCACUGCAUCGUGCGAGGCACACUGGAGGCUCCCCAGUAUAUAUUUUGGUACCGCGGCGACCAACAGGUGACUGCCGAUAACGAGGCCAGCGGUGCCCAGAGCGGAUGGUACACGCAAAUCGACCGGAAUAUCUUCGGCAGUACGGAGCACAAUCGGAACACGAUUGGUUCGCUGGUCAUUCCAUUGGUGCGCAAAAUUCACUCCGGCAACUACACGUGCGAGCCGGAAAACAGUGCGGCAGUUUCCAUGCAAUUGCAUGUCCUGAGCGGAGAAUACUCCGCCUCGGCCAUCAAGUCAACAGCUGCGAGUCUCCACAGGCUUGGCCAUGGCUAUAGUAGCCUCCACCAGUGGCUAAUCUUCCUGCUGGUGGCCCUGAACAAGACAUGAGUGGCCCUGCUGGAGGUCCUUUCAUGGAGAGCACUGAAAUCAUCAUCCGAGCGGUGUGUUUUGUCUAAGACAUAGUUUAAUUUCUAGGUAAAUUGCACUCACUCUCACACGACGAUAUGGUUUACUCCGCUGACACUUUUUAAAGUCUAAGCUCAACUUUCCGAAUAUUAACGAGAUUUUUAUACAAAUUCUAGGACUUAAUAUGGUUUUCCCUUGCUCUAGCAAUUAGGUCUA